GCUUUUAUAAUUUCAUCUCUCUAGCUCGCACGCUGCACUUUAUCAUCUGUUUCUCUCAUUCAUCUCCUUUCUGUGCUGGCUGACUAGACUCUCUCAGACGCACUCUUUGGCUGCUUCUCUCUCCUCCACUUGAUUUGUUACUACUUCCACCGCACCAGCUGCCAUGGAAGUUAUUCCAGCAGAUGCACUCACACCUGUCGGUACUUAUACAGGAAAAUGUCAGCUCAUAUUUGAAAAGACUAGCAUCACGAUAAAAGGAGCCAGUUCCUCUGAGAUUGGGGUGUGGCCGUACGACGUGAUACGUCGCUUCUACUGUCACGAUUUGAUUUAUUUCAGAUUCACGUCAGGGCGCCGUGGACCAUAUGGCGUCCAGGAUUACAAGUUUCGUGUAAAUGAACACGACCUUGUUGCACUUCAGAAAGUAUUAGCACAAUAUACUGGUGCUCAUUUUGAACCGCCUCCCCGUAGCUCCAGGUCACACAGUGAAUCACAGGUUCAAGCCUCAGGUGCUCUCCCUAGCAGUGGCUCACACACACCUACUAACAGACUCACUCACUCUCCCUCUGUCUCUCAUGUCCUCCCUCCUCCUACUCAGCCUGGCUAUCAAACCAUGACCAUUACAGGAGAGACCAAGACCAUCCCUCCUUCUACCGGCCCUCCCUCCUCCUCCUCCUCUAUCUCCAGACCUCCCUCGGUCUCUUCAAGGCUAUCUAGUACUGGCUCUCCUAAGAAUUCACCGAAACUCUCUACUAACAAGAAAUUUACUUCAUCCCUAGGCACAGACGAUCCUUUCUUUGGACCUCAGAGGACUCACUCGUCUUCCUCUGUCAGCUCUCUCGAUUUCGGGCCAACACCUUCUCCGACUACACCCACCUUCAAAGCUUCUAAGACGUCUCCAAGGACCUCUAGACUCUCAUCCCAUAUGUACGAAGAUGCUGAGAAGAUCCCACCAAAGUCCUCUGGAUCCAGUGGCGGUUAUGAUAGGUUGAGAAAAGAAGAAAGCAAUCCUUCAUCGUCAACUCUCACCUUCUCUUACGAUAGUGUGGAGAAACGCAUCAAGAGCCCGUCCCCGAAAGACAAGUCUCCCCCUCUGUCUCCUGCCCUCACGGAGAAAGAGAUCAAACACAUAAAGAAGUACAACAAGGAGCCGCUCAUAAACAAAUCAGAGACUGUCCAUCACAGGAGGAAUGCAGAAUACAAUUACAUUGAUAUCCCACACUCAGAGACUAGCUCAGAGUGCGGCAGCAUUGACUCAAGACCAAACUCGUCUCUCAUAUAUGACACUCCUUCCAGUCGACCUGUGUCCAAUGCCGAACUAUUAGACUCUGAUCGAUCCUCGUUAUAUGACGUGCCACCACCUUCUCGACCGCUGCUCUCUGAUACGUAUGAUAUCCCUCGCUCCUCCCUUUCCCUCCCUCCCAGUUCCACUCCAAUCACCUCAAGAGCUCUACCUCAUUUACCUAAUGACUACGUUAACAUGAGACCCCAGGGGAACAGUUUCGUAAUGGAAGACCUCUACUCUGUUAUACCAGAGCCUCGGUCAACCAAUGCCACUGUAUUACAGUCUGAAAUGGUAGACGGUGGUGGAAAGGAGACCGGUGAGCUACCGGGUCAGAAACUAGCCCAGGAGAUGGCAGAGGAAGAAGGAUAUAUACUAGUAAAUCCUGCAACUCUUCCGGCUCUAGUCAGCCCACCUCCAGCCUCACGUCAGUCUCUCUCUCGCUCCGAUUCCAAAACCCCGCCCCUUGAGAUGGAUAACGAAUACAUUGAAGUGAGAAGACAGCCGGUUGUGAAGACUACUCUAGUUAGCAGUGGACUGGAUGUUCCCAUGUCUCCUCUACCUUCAAACGAUCCUGCUCCUCCUCCUGUACAUCAUUAUAUUAACGUUCCUAGUAGGUCCCCGUCUCAAAGGAAAGGUACCAAUCCUUAUGAGGAGAUCACUGAAGUUCGUCCCUUACUCCUAAUGAGAUCUGAGGCCACUGGCAUAGAGACACUCAUAAUAACACCAGUCAAAGAAGAAAGAAGCAGCACACAAGAUACUAAUGACACGUUUACUGACUCCAUGAUAUCCACUGAUGCAGUGUUUGAUAAUUCAAAUGUUGUUGCAGGUGGGGAUGAUGCUCUACCAAAAGUGACGUCAUCAGAAACAAGGAUAUCAACAACAACAUUAUCAGAGCCGGUGGAGUCUGGCCCUCCUCCUAUCAUUGCUAGAGUGUCAAGGAGUGUUGUGAGUGACACUAGUAACAAUGAUCUCAGGAAUACUACACAGUAUCAUAACGUUAGCAUAACUGGCACUAUUAAUAGUAAACUCUCAUCACCUCCUGCAUCAACUGAUGAUGCGUCUAAAGAUGAAAACAAAGUCUGCCACUUAAAAACAGACGCUCCACCUCCUCUUAACUUUAGUCUCGGCGAUCCUGAAGAUUCCUUAUCGAAUCCUCUUGAGGAAGACAAUGGUAUGGAGCACUCUGGAGGUGGUCACGUUGAAACUGUCACUCCUGAAGAAGAGAUACAGGGACUCUUGAAACAAGACUCGGUGACGUCCUCUCUCUCUGACUCCCUCACCCCGGAGACUAGUCUAUCGUCAAAUAAUCUUUUAUUGGUUGGUGAAACCCAUCGCUCAGUCUCUGCUCCUAUCCCUCUGUCAAAGAGCCUCAUACCUGUAGCUCAAGGCAGCCCUGAUGCGUUGCACGUCUCUCAUCGAAAGAGGAGCCUCACUUCUGGUGAUCCAUUGGAAUCACCCCAGUACAAGGAGCCAAGCAAGAAGCAUACGUAUGUGAACGUCCCGGCAGAGUUUGUACCCAUCAGUCCUUCCCCUUCCUCCUCUCAUUCUCCCAGUACUAUCAAGAAACCGAUGCCUCUACCUCGCCCUGCUAACAUCUCGAUCAUCACUACUGGUAUUGGUUCUUGUUGCUAUGGCGAAGGGAAGGACACGCCCAGUUGUCUACCGCUGGCCGUGAACAGCAACUGCAGUAAUAAUAACAUUUAUUCUUCUAAAGUUCGAGCUUUGAUCAGACAAUUUAGCUCAUGAGUGGUGACUGUAUGUGUUGUAACUUUGUUGUGUACACUAUUAUUAUUAUAUAUAAUGGUAAUAAUAACUUUGUUUAUCCUCCCACACAUUCAUAUUGUUAUCAUUAUUAUUAUUAUUAUUAUAGUGUUUUGUUUUUCUUUUAAAAAAUUGUUGUUAUUAUUUUAUUAUUAUCAUCAUUAUUAAUUUUUCGAUUGAAUUUUGUAACAAUCACAUAACUAUAAA